GAGUACAAGCAACAAUCACCACAGCGGAGAACGCAGAGGAAUUCUCGAAACGCCUCGGCCUGCGGCGGUAGAAAUACCAGACUGGUAUGAUCUUUCUGAAACGGAGGCAGCACAGACCCAGCAACAACGUGCACAAGGACAGCAGAUGGAAAGCAGGAAGAAACCGAACUGGAAAACUCCAGCGGCCUCGCCCUUCACAAGAUCUAAGAGACAACCAACAACUCCACGGAGAAUUCAAUAA